GGCGCGGCCAGGCGGCGCCGACCUCGUGCGCUCCUCUGUGACGUGCCGGCGGCCGCCCAGAUGUGCGGGCCCGCGCCCGCGGCCCGAGCCGCCCGGGCCGCAUGGAGUCCGAGCAGCGAGCCGCGGCCCUGAGGCAGGGCGUGCAGGCGGUCGUGGAGGCCAUGGGCUCGGAGAGGCAGUUCAGCAACAACAACCGAGAGCGCGUUCUCCCUCUUCCGCCGCGGCUGCAAGUUCUGCGAGCAGCUCCCGGGGGAGCUGGAGGCGAUCGGCGAGAAGGAGGUCAUUAGGACCUUCCUGCAGCGGACUGCCGGCAGACGGGCCAUUGCGCGUCAGGUGCAGGAGGUCGUGACCAUCCUCGCGCGUGGGGAGACUUGGCAUCGCUGCCUCGCAGAGGCCCCGCCGCCGCUGCGGGAUUUUCUGGCCAAGUGCCCAGCGUCAUCCCCCACGGUGUCUGCGGGGGCGACGGCCGCGCGGCCUUCGCUUUCCGCCGCCGCCGCCCCGCCCUCCACCGUGGCUGUCGCCCGCGUGGACGCCAAGACCGCGCAAGCGCGGGUCGCCGCCGUCACGAAGCCGCCGCCGCACGAGGCUCGAGUCUUUCUCAGAGAGCGCACUUCUGGUCGUUUUCUCACGGUGGUGGCCGAGGAGGAGACUCCGACCAGCUUCGGGUCGAGGGCGACGAGCUGGUCCUCCAACCAGCAGGCGACAACCAGGUGUAUCAUGACACCGAGGCCGGUGUCCCUGCUCGUCUGCCAUUGGGCCAGCGAGUUUGCGGGCGGCGCGGACUGGAAGUAUCUGGACGAGUCCUCGGACGAGCGCGAGUUCGAGGGGCCCGGGUCCUCCUCCUUCAUGGGCGACGGGCGCGGGAGCCCUUCGUCCGCCACGGCCCGCCGCGCCGACGACCCGGAUGACGGCGUGCUGCUCGGCUUCGCGCACGAGGGCGUGACGUCCCUGACCCCCUUCGCGUCCCUGGGCUGCUUCGUGUCCUGCAGGCCCUGGUGCCGCGCCUCGCUGCGCUCCGCCGCCGCGGGCGGCGGCGGGCCGCCCCCCGAGACGCUGCAGUGCAGCGGGCACGGCCUCGGCCGGCGCGCGGCGUUCCGGUGGUGCGCGGGCGGAGGCCUGCGGCACGCGGCCACGGGGCACUGGCUGCACGUCGACCCCGCGGCGCCCGAGCGGCCGGCGCUGCGCGAGGAGGCUGGGAGCCUCUGGGAGGCGCUGCCGGCGCUGUGAGGCGCUGCCAGCGCAGUCACUGGAUCGGCGGAGGAAGGCCCUGAGAUCCUGGUCCAGGGACCAGCGGUAUCGUUGCCUCUUGGUAGGGCCCCGUCAAUGCAACGGCGGCCCUCCCCACUGCAGUGCAGCGGGCACAGCAGCGACCGGCGCGCGGCGUUCUGGGGGUGCCCAGGGCUCCAAAUUGCGUCGGCUCCAUGUCGGACAGACAGCUGGGAGCACCUUUUGCCACCGAAACUUCUCGCAACACCCUGUGGAUGGGAACAAGGCGCCGCCUGUGCAGCGACUCUUCCAGUUGGGGCGCCGCCUUCGCACGCGUUCCGUGGCCUGGCGGACGUCGCGCCCUGUCGCCUGGGCUCCUGGGGAGCCGGAGGCCCGGAAGACGGAGGGACCUCGGCCGGAGGCAUCCGCGGCUGGAA